CCGAUUCCCCUUCCCUCUUGUGGUUGCUUGUCCUGCUUCAUCUUGUGGCUCCUAUAGUCACAGUCACAGCGUAUUGGCGUAUUUACUUCUACCCUUUUGGAAAAAUAUAUUCGCCAACUGGAAGGUAUCCAUCACGCUUUCCUCCGGUUUAUAAGGAGCAAGCAGGCAAGGCAAUCUCUGGCUCAACAAACCAUCCUUGACUGCAGUCUCUUCUCCCUGGAUACGUCUUUUCUUCUCUUCGCUUUCGUGUCUGACUCUUUGUUUCCAUCUCUGUAUUUGCAUUUAGGCUCUCCCACCAUUUUCCAGACUCCAACGCACGUCAAACACUUUGCCAUCCACAACUAAUUACUUGCCAACCAACAACCAUAUUACCUACUUCUUCUAGAGUCUAAUUUUUUCCUUCAUCCUUCACCAAACUAAUGGCAUCGAGCUCCCUGCGUAGCUCAAGCUCAUCAUGGACACCCAAACAAAACAAGUUAUUCGAGAAAGCCCUGGCCUUAUAUGACAAAGACACCCCAGACCGGUGGCACAAUGUAGCCAGAGCUGUUGGUGGGAAAUCUGCAGAGGAAGUGAAGAGGCACUAUGAGAUCCUUAUAGAGGAUCUCAAGUAUAUCGAGUCUGGCCAGGUUCCGUUCCCUAAUUACAGGUCUUCUGGAAGCCACAGCAAAGGCAUCGGCGAUGAAGAGCAAAGGCUGUUGAAGUACCUAAAACUUCAGUGAAGUCGAACAGUCAUGCUCAUGCAUCUAUAGUAAAGUAAAUCUUAUCACUUAUCAGCAAAUCUCUAUAUAAGAAAAAGCAGAUGCAGAUAGAAGCGUGGAAAAGCUAAUCACUCUGCCGUGAUUCUCCUUUUCUUUUCUUUUUCUUCUUUUUUUCCUUUUUAUCUUUUCUUUCCGUUAUUAAUCUCUGAAAGUCCUUAUUCGUACUAUAUAUGUGGUUGGAACAAGGAUGAACCAUUAGUUCAAUGGUCUCUCCUUAUUCCUUUGUCUCUGUAUUGUAACAAGGUCUGUAAUGCAAAUAUGCAGUAUUCUGUACUUCUGAAUGCAAA